CGAUCAGCGAACCGUGUUCAUUCAGUCUCGGUGUGUACGCAUUGGCAGUUGUGGUUCGCAUCGCAACAACGGUCCUCAACUUCCUUUCUCGGUUCAGUGUGUGGUAGCAGCAGCACCCAAGGGGCUACCAGAUUGGCUUUUCCAGCAGUGUACUGUUACGUGUCACACCAGUUGUGAAGACGGAACCAGAAGAAGUGCACUCAAGGACGAGUGCCGGAAGAAAUCGGAAUGCGGAUCCAAGUCGCCGUAGUGUUGUUCAGUGUAGUUGCGCUAGUGGCUGCACAAAAGGACACAAAAGAAAAGGAGGAAUUCAAAUGCCCCGAGGGUUACGGAAAUGGAAACUAUGCCGACCCCGUCACCUGCCGGAGGUUUUAUCAGUGCGUAGACGGUUUCCCGUACAUAAACCGGUGCCCCUCGGGUCUGUUCUUUGACGAUGCACAAAAGUUCUGCACAUUCAAAAACGAAGCCAAGUGCGGUCCACUUCCAAAUCAGCCACAGGCCACCACGGAGGCGGCAGUGGAUCUAGCGAAAACCUGCGAUCCCGCCGAGUGCGAGCUGCCGUACUGCUUCUGCAACAAGGACGGUACGCAAAUCCCGAAGGGGCUCAAUGCGGAUGAGAUUCCACAAAUUAUUCUGCUGACCUUUGAUGGAGCCGUGAAUUUGAACAACUACGAUCACUACAGGAAGAUCUUCAACGGCAAACGUCAGAAUCCGAACGGCUGUGACAUCAAGGGAACGUUCUUCAUUUCGCACGAGUACAGCAACUACAAGCAAAUCCAGACGCUUGCUCACGAAGGACACGAGAUUUCCCUGGAAACGAUUUCCCUGCAGAUGGGCCUACAGGACAAGGGCUACGAGGAAUGGGUCGGAGAAAUGAUCGGCAUGCGAUCGAUUCUGAAGCACUUCUCGAAUGUUUCGUCGAACGAAAUCAACGGUAUGCGCGCUCCGUUCCUAAAACCCGGUAGAAAUACGGAAUACAAGGUCAUCGAAGACUUCGGUUUCAUCUACGACAGUUCGAUCAGCGUUCCGCCAAGCCCAAUUCCAGUUUGGCCGUACACCCUGGACUACAAGAUCCCGCACCAGUGCAAGAGCGGAACCUGCCCGACCAAGUCCUUCCCCGGUAUUUGGGAAGUUCCACUGAAUGCUCACUUUGUCGAAAGCUACGAAGGAGGUCACUGCCCGUACAUGGAUCAGUGCGUGCUGCACAACCACGAUACCGAUGAUGUUUUCGCCUGGCUGCAGGAGGACUUCGAACGGUACUACUACCAAAACAAGGCCCCCUAUAUGAUGCCAUUCCACACCAACUGGUUCCAGAUCAAGGAGCUCGAACGUGGCCUUCACAAGUUCCUCGAUUGGACGCAAACUCUCCCCGACGUGUGGUUCGUGACGGUCACGCAAGCCCUGACGUGGAUCACCGACCCGAAGACCCUGAAGCAGAUCAACAACUACGAACCGUGGAACUGCAAAACCAAGAGCACACAGACCCCGAAACCGUGCAACACCUCGAAUAAGUGUGCCCUGCCCUUCAAGGAACCGGCAUCGAACAUCAGCGACACCAGGUACAUGGAGACCUGCUUCGAUUGCCCCGCCGUGUAUCCAUGGUUGGGAGAUUCGCACGGUACCGGCAUCCCCGGACGGGACAACUACAUCGACCAGAACGGAGGAGGAAGCACGACUGACGAAAAGGGUUCAUCGGACGAUAAUGAAAACUAGUUCCACCGCGAGCAGUCGAGUCUUAAUUAUGUGAUGUGCUCUCUCAGCACACUACUUUUAGAGUAUUUUAACUUUAUCAAAAGAACAAAAUUUAAUUUCUUGUAGUCAGAGAUGAAAGAAGGA